GGCGUUCGGCAUCAUGUUCAAAUGUACCGUAAUGUUUUAGCUUAAAGUUACCUACAACCCUUUGGCUCUUGGGAAAGUAACAACCAGGCGAUAGACCGUGAUCCGUUUUUCAUCUAGUAAAAUGACUACUCACCAGCUGGAUGACGAUAUCAGAAAACUAAUGAAUGAAAUGAAUCCAGUCAAGAAUGAUUCAUUGGUGGAGACAAAAGUGAAGCUGUUGGACAUUCACUUUGAUUGGGACUUGAUGCAGUUGGCUCCUCAAAGUGAGACUCCAGAGGCGGUUGUUUCUAGACUCAACGAAAAGAUAGAAGAACUAGUCGAGCACACCGAUUUCAAAUUUUUAAAUUUGAAUCUGCAGCUGAUAAUAGCGCAAGAGUUGAUGAAAUAUGACAAUAGCACUGGAUUGCAAAAGAUACGGGACUGUGAGCAGUUGUUGAAAGACCACAAGAAUAGUAACUGCCAGGAAUAUCUGUUCGUAACCAUUUUCAAAGCAAUGGAGUACAUGGUGAUGGGGUGUAAAGCCUAUGCUCUUUACAAUUAUUGUGAACUCUUCAACGAAGCAAAAGAGGGUAUAGGAUCUGAAGUGACGUCAAUUGGUCACUACAAAGCGUACUGCUUUCGGCUCAACGAAAAAUGGGAAGUCUUUGAUGAUUUGAAAGAGAAGUCUAUUCAAUCGAUAGCCACAGAUAAAUGGUUGGACUGGGAAUCGUUGACGAUUCUUCCUGCGCUGAUCAAGACCCGCAUACUGCGCAUGCUCAGCAAACGCGGUUUUCAGACCAGUGACGCAAUGUCUGCACUUCUCACCAGUGACGUGCAAGAUUUGAAUCUGAGCGAAUGUGUGGUUACAGACGGCCACCUAAAGCUGAUCGCCAGGUGUAAGCGCAUGCACAACCUCAAUAUGAACAGAGGUCGUUAUCAAAAUCAUUCUUUCACUACUGAAGAACUGAUGAAUUUAAUACCAAAAAUGCCUCAUUUGACGCAAUUAUUCACCGAAGGCAGUAUGAGCAUAACAGAUGAAGUGAUUGAACAAUUGGCAUCGAGCUGUGUUAAGUUGGCAACACUGGACGUUGGCAAUUGUCCCCUGACUGACAAAGCCGCCCAAAGUAUUGCCAAAAUGUUUCUGCUUUCUCUCAACCUUUCAAACACCAGGGUUUCUGAUGCCGGAGUGUUUUCUAUCGCAAACGGUGCCUGCAGUCGAACGUUGUCAGAGGUGAAGAUGAACAAUUGCCAGCUGAUAACCGAUGACGCAAUUUGCAGUGUGGCUGAAAACUGUCCUAACCUGGAAAUUCUAGUCUGUCAUGGGUGUCCGCGAUUAACAGGUAAAGUACCAUUCAAUUAGUGUAAAAUUCUAAUUGGAAUAGUGUAACAUGAAAACUAGUCUAAGACUGGUCACACACCAGUUAGUUAAGACAAGACAAGACAUGAUCAGGCACGU